UUUAUGAGCAGACAUUUCUUAUAUAACUGCAGCCAACCAAUCCUGGAUGUGAAGAUAGCCUUUUGUCAGGGUUUUGGGAAACAAGUGGAUGUGUCAUAUAUCGCCAAACAUUACAACAUGAGCAAAAGUAAAGUGGACAACCAGUUCUACAGUGUGGAAGUGGGAGAUUCAACCUUCACAGUCUUAAAACGUUACCAGAAUCUAAAGCCCAUUGGAUCUGGGGCUCAGGGAAUAGUCUGUGCGGGCUAUGAUGCUGUCCUGGACAGAAAUGUGGCCAUCAAGAAGUUGAGCAGACCGUUCCAGAACCAGACUCAUGCCAAAAGGGCAUACCGGGAGCUGGUGCUCAUGAAAUGUGUCAAUCAUAAAAAUAUUAUCAGUUUACUAAAUGUCUUCACACCGCAGAAAUCUUUAGAAGAAUUCCAGGAUGUGUACCUUGUGAUGGAGCUGAUGGAUGCCAAUUUGUGUCAGGUGAUUCAGAUGGAGCUUGACCAUGAGAGAAUGUCCUAUCUUCUCUACCAGAUGCUGUGUGGUAUCAAACAUCUCCACUCAGCCGGCAUCAUUCACAGGGAUCUGAAACCAAGCAAUAUUGUGGUGAAGUCAGACUGUACCCUGAAAAUACUCGACUUUGGCCUGGCUCGGACUGCAGGCACCAGUUUCAUGAUGACCCCUUAUGUGGUGACUAGAUACUACAGAGCUCCAGAAGUCAUCUUGGGCAUGGGAUACAAAGAAAAUGUGGAUAUAUGGUCGGUGGGGUGCAUUAUGGGAGAAAUGGUGCGCCACAAAAUCCUCUUCCCAGGGCGGGACUACAUUGACCAGUGGAACAAAGUGAUUGAGCAACUGGGCACACCGUCGCCAGAGUUUAUGAAGAAACUGCAGCCGACAGUGAGGAACUACGUGGAGAACAGGCCAAAGUAUGCCGGCCUCACUUUCCCCAAGCUCUUCCCCGACUGCCUUUUCCCUGCUGACUCCGAGCACAACAAACUUAAAGCUAGCCAGGCUAGAGACCUGCUGUCCAAGAUGUUGAUCAUCGACCCUGCAAAACGGAUAUCUGUGGAUGAGGCCUUACAGCACCCCUACAUCAACGUGUGGUAUGAUCCUGCAGAGGUGGAGGCGGCCAGAGAUCUCGUCCAAAUAUCCAUGCCUCCACCCCAGAUCUACGACAAGCAGCUGGAUGAGAGAGAACACUCUAUUGAUGAAUGGAAAGAACUAAUCUAUAAAGAGGUGAUGAACUUUGAGGAGAGAACGAAGAAUGGCGUUGUGAAGGGACAGCCUUCACCUUCAGGUGCAGCCGUGAACAGCAGCGAGAGCCUCCCUCCCUCCUCCUCCGUCAACGACAUCUCCUCCAUGUCCACUGACCAGACCCUGGCCUCAGACACUGACAGCAGCCUGGAGACCUCCGCAGGACCCCUGGGGUGUUGCAGGUGA